AUGUACAAGAGAAUCUGUUUGUCCUUUUUGGUACUUUGCGCCGCUUUACUUUUGGGUGUGAUUCUUUCCAGCAGGUUCAGACUUGAGAAGCUUCACGAGGCCCUUGAUUCCGCGGUUAUUGGACCAGAAGGCGUUGCAUUUGUGCACAGGCUCGUGAGAUUUCCCAGUGCUUGGACCAGGGAACAUGAGCACCUCCCUGAGGCCUCCACAGACGUUUCCGAGACAAGGAAAGGAGUAACCGUAGAUUUGAACAGUGAAGAUCUCCCAAAGGAGGUUUACCGCAGUUAUAUCCCGGAGAAAAGGCGUCACGAGAUCAAGAUCAAUAGUGAACUCGAGGGAUUCAAAAUUGGCCAAAUUUUACUUGGAGAGCACAUACUUGAAGACGAAUUAGAGUACAAAGAAAGGGAAAUUGUCAUUUGGAUGCUAGAAGACGGCAGAAAUGUGGUCCUUGUCAGAAAUAUUCUCUAUAACGGCGAUAUUCAGUCGGAAGAGUACAUCCAAGAUGAGAAGAAUAUCGGGGAAUUUCACAAGUAUAAAGAAUAA